AUGGCAGCCGUUAGUAACGACCUUGCUCGUCAACAUUCCCAGAGAGAGUCUUCUGAAAGACCAAGUUGGUUCAACCCAGAUCCAACGAUAGACGUCAUCUCCCCUGAUUUUCGGCGGCUUCUCCAAUCGUACAGCGGUAUUCCGGCGGAUGAGCUGCUCGAUCAUGUUGUCAAAAUCCGCGAAGAGGCCUGGGCUAUACAUCCGUUUCCGUGCAUCGGCCGAUUCCUUUUCUUGCAAAACAACUUCAAGGGUCUUGAAGACGAAUACAACGAGGUGAUUCAACGCCUCUGCCAAGGCCAGAAGCUACUGGAUAUGGCCUGUUGUGUUGGACAGACUAUUCGUUACUUAGUAAAUGGCGGGGCACCAUCAGAACAGAUCUACGGCUGCGACCUUCAUCCAGAAUAUAUCGAGGUUGGAUACAAACUCUUCAGAGAUCGCGAUACGCUCAAGACCAAGUUCCUUACGGCAGAUGUCUUCGAUUCAAAUUCGGUGUUGACAGAGCUCAAGGGUCAAAUGGACAUGGUAUUUGCUGGCGACUUCUUCCAUCUGUGGGGCUACGUAAAACAGGUCGAGGUUUGCAAACGUGUUGCUGCCCUAUUGCGCCCUCAGUCCGGUUCGAUGAUUCUGGGCCGUCAAAUCGGAGCUCCGCAAGCCUCUGAGACACAAGGCCCUGCUGGUGUUGGCAUUAUGUUCAUGCACAAUGUAGAGAGCUUCAACAAGAUGUGGAAGGAUAUCGGCGACGAAAUGGGUGUCAGUUUCAUAGUCAAAACAUGGUUUGGACUACUUCCCACUGGCAAACUGGUCCUGAAGAAAGAUGAUGCCUGUCGUCUCUCGUUCGCCGUUCGCAUUGAUUAG